AAAAUUUAACCUUUUUUUUUUUUUUUUUUUUUUUUUUUCAUGAUCAUGGACUUCGAGUAAAAUUAACAUUAGAGUAUCAGUACAAUAGAAGCUACUAACGAUGACGGCUACUAUACUUUCUUCCAUCCCGAAUGUAGACCCACAUAGCAUCAAGUCGAGGCCGGGUAAUUGUGGGGUAACGGUUGAGAUCUAUCCACCUCCAACUCCCGAUCGCUUGUCCUCCCAAAUGAUACCAAACCAGAACUCUUCAAAUUUGCAUCCCAUUAAAGCAGCCAAAUCAGUCGAGGACCUUCCUGCCAUUGGCGCUUUGCCCUUUGGCUCUUUACGAGUCAACCGACCUACAGAUACAGAAGAUCCUCCUAUAGAAAAUCCUACUAAAGAUCCUGCAAAACAUCCUACCAAUAUCGCUAUGGAGUUAUCGCCAGCGGCGACGGAAUCCGGAGGAUAUGCUUCCCCCACCGGUGGCGAUGUCCUCAUUCUAGAUGAUUUACCCGCGAACUUCACCGUCGGAUGUGACACCAUGUCCUUCUCGACGAAAACACCCUUCCCGGGCUUUCGCGACAUUCCACCCGGCACCCAUCUUGUAUGGGUGGCCCCCUCCGAAUUGACAUCUACGCGGAGCGCAUACUGGAUCAUCACCCCCAGGAGAGCAGAGAAAGAACGUGCGGAGGUUUACGUCAAGCAGUGGGACAAAUUCAACGAGGUCUUGAGCGAUCCCGCCAGCCAAGCCGAGGAGAGAUUUCAAAGGGAGAGGCUAGAGCAGAUCUAUAGCAACCUUUCGCCUUAUAAAUUACAAGCAGCCACGUCGGGAGCACUCCUGCCGCCACCAAACCAAGAAGCCGACAAUCUUCCAUCCUUCUUGAGCAACGACACAAUCUGGUCUCAGCUUACGUCGACGAUAGACGCCGACCUGCUCAACCGAAUCACGGGCAAGGUGCAGAGAAGCUGGCCAGUCACCACUUUAGAUCGCAUAGCUGGCGAGACAACCAUGGCUGAAGAAGCGCGCCUCUACGCCAGCGACAAAUCAGAACUUCGCUUCAUGUUCCCCAUGAACAAACCCCUCAUCAGUCCGACAGCCGAAGGUCGCGAACGGACACGGCAAGCUUUAGACCCUACCCAAUUCGUUCUCGACACGCUCGAAAACACCAAUAACGACAGCGAAAAUAGCUCCAUAGAUAACCGGCGACCCUCAGACCUAGUCGGCGAGCUCUCCUUCGCCUUCCUAACCGGCAUGCACCUCGGAAACUUCUCCUGCCUAGAGCAAUGGUGGUUCUACGCCACCAAGCUCGUCUUCCGCACCUUCGACCUCGCCACCUCCCGCCCCCAGCUCGCCCUGCACCUCAUCCAGACCUUCCACGCCCAGCUCGUCUACAACGACCGCCACCUCGAGGGCGACAUCCUCGAGAUGAUGCCCAGCAACGCCAAGGCCCUGCAAAAGGCCCUCGUGACCUACAAGGCCCGCCUCAACGAGUCCCUCCUCGCCCUCGGCGACCGCAUCGCCCCCGACCAGCAGGCCGUCGGCGCCGCCUUCGCCUCCCUCGAGUCCUGGCUCUGGCGCCUCGGCUGGGAUCUGCGGGGACAGUAUCUCCGCUCCGGCACCCUCAUGCUCGAGGACGGCGAGGUCGUCGAGGCCGAGCUCUCCGAUUUCGAGGACGAGGAUGAGCGCGGCGACUUUGCGCCCGUCGUUGUCGAGCUGGACCCUGGUGGCAGGGAGGCUGGCUUGGUUUCGUGGGAUGGGUGAUGAGGACGAGGACGAGGACGAGGAUAAAGACGUUGACGAAGACGUAGGCGAAUACGAGUACGAGGAAACAAAAAUAUCCUCGUGAUAUGCUCGCUGUAACACCUACCUAAUCUAAUCUAAUCUAAUCUAAUCUAAUCUAAUCUAAUCUA